AUGGCUCCUAGCUACAUCCUCACCCUCUCGGGCCCCGAUCGCCCGGGAAUUGUUCACGCCGUGACUGCCUUCCUGGUCCAGCACAACUUGAACAUCGUCGACUCAUCGCAAUUCGGCGACCCCACAUCCAAACGUUUUUUCAUGCGCACACAGUUUGCGCCCGAUGGUACCACCGACCUCCCCGAACUUGAGCAAGUUCGAUCUGCUUUUAAGUCCACUGCCGAGUCUUUCUCGCUGGACUUUCAAAUUCACCCGACCGCACAGAAGCCUCGCGUUCUGAUCAUGGUCUCCAAAAUCGGCCACUGCUUGAACGACCUUCUCUUCCGCCAGUCCACCGGCCAAUUGAGCGUCGAAGUGCCGCUUAUUGUCUCCAACCACCCGGAUUUCGCACCUCUCGCUGCGACUUACAACAUCCCCUUCCACCACCUUCCUGUCACCGCCGAUACCAAGUCACAGCAAGAAGGCCAGAUCCUGGAGUUGGCAGCGCAACACAAUAUCGACCUGAUUGUCCUUGCCCGCUACAUGCAGGUUCUGUCUCCAAAGCUGUGUGAAGCUAUGUCCGGUCGCAUUAUCAACAUCCACCACUCCUUCCUGCCCUCUUUCAAGGGAGCCAAGCCCUACCACCAGGCGUAUGAUCGUGGUGUGAAGAUCAUUGGUGCCACUGCCCACUUCGUCACCAGCGAUCUCGACGAAGGCCCUAUUAUUGAACAGAAUGUUGUUCGUGUGAGCCACGGAAUGAGCCCGAAGGAGCUGACCCACGCUGGUAGCAACGUUGAGAGUAACGUUCUGGCUACCGCUGUCAAAUACUUUGCUGAGCGCCGUGUGAUCCUAAACGGACAUAAGACCGUUGUAUUCGACUAG